AUGCAUCGCACUUAUUCUAUGCGCCAGACGCGCGCUCCAACCGCUUCGCAGAUCGAGAACCCUCCGCCGCCGGUCUCGUCUACCAAGAGCAAUCGAUGGCUGGGUAAGGGAGGACUAGGCCAUGCCUUCCGGAAGAACGCCGCGGGGGCCUUCGGGCCCGACCUGUCGAAGAAGUUGUCGCAGCUCGUCAAGAUGGAAAAGAACGUGAUGCGCAGCAUGGAGCUGGUGGCCCGGGAGCGGAUGGAAGUGGCGCAACAACUCUCCAUCUGGGGCGAGGCUUGUGAUGAAGACGUUUCGGAUGUCACCGACAAGCUUGGCGUACUGAUCUACGAGAUCGGUGAGCUGGAAGACCUGUUUGUCGACCGCUACGACCAGUACAGAGUUACCAUCAAGAGCAUCCGGAACAUCGAGGCGUCGGUGCAGCCCAGCCGAGACCGCAAGCAAAAAAUCACCGAUGAGAUCGCCAAGCUCAAGUACAAGGACCCGAAUUCGCCUCGCAUCGUGGUGCUGGAGCAGGAGCUGGUGCGCGCGGAGGCCGAGUCGCUCGUUGCCGAGGCGCAGCUGUCGAACAUCACGCGCGAGAAGCUAAAAGCGGCGUUCCAGUAUCAGUUUGACGCGCUGCGCGAGCACUGCGAAAAGGUAGCCAUCGUGGCGGGAUACGGCAAGCACCUGCUCGACCUGAUCGAUGACACGCCCGUGACGCCCGGCGAAACGCGCCAGGCUUACGACGGCUACGAGGCCAGCAAGGCCAUCAUCCAGGACUGCGAGGAAGCCCUGACCAACUGGGUCUCGUCCAAGGCGGUGGUCAAGUCCAGCCUGUCGACGCGCUCGCGCACCCUGUCCCUGCGUCACCGCGAGAACCGCUCCAAGACUCGCGGCGAGGGCGUCGACCUCUCCGCCCAGGACCAGCCCCUCAAGGGCGACCGCGAUUCCUGGCUCCCCGCCGACCAGCACCCGUCCUACCAGCGUGACAGUGACGUCGAGGAUCUCGAGAGCACCGCCGACGGCGAACCGAGAGGUAGAGAAGAAGAGCGCGAGCCGGUGCCUGUAUAG